AUGAACCGAACAUCGAGGACAGACGAGCCGUACCAAGGCGACGGACUCAACCAAAGCCCUAACUUUCUUUCAAACGACCUCUUCACGAACCGAGAUCUUAAUGGCAUCAGCAUCACCAGCCCCAGAACAACCAGAAGUCCUUCAACUAGGAGUAUAGACGACUCAGACGACUCCGUGGCUGAUAUUUCAUCCUCCAUCGACGAGGACCCGGAUGGCAAAAAACUUGAAACAUCACAAGUAACUAUUACUGAAGAUGCUCCCCAGAUGGAUAACGACGACAACAGCUCGAGCAGAUCGCCUAAGAGAUCUCCCUUGGGUCGAAUCACGCAUACUAUCAUUACCUUCGGAAAGUUUGUAGGGCCUGGUUUUCUCGUGGCCGUUGCAUAUAUCGACCCUGGCAAUUAUUCAACCGACAUCAGCGCCGGCGCUGAAAAUCAGUUUCGGUUGUUGUUCAUUAUUCUUAUGAGCAACUUGUUUGCUAUCUUCCUGCAAUGCCUCUCUAUCAAGCUGGGCACCGUCACCGGCAUGAACUUGGCCGAGGCAUGCCGCGCAUUCUUACCUCGAUGGAUUAACUUUUUCUUGUAUUUCUUGGCUGAAGCAGCCAUCAUCGCAACCGAUAUCGCUGAGGUCAUCGGUACUGCCAUUGGAUUAAACCUGUUAAUACCCAAACUACCCCUUGUUGCUGGCUGCGCCAUAUCGAUCUUAGACGUAAUGAUUAUUCUGUUUUUCUACAAACCCAACGGGGGAAUGAACGGUCUUCGCAUUUUCGAGUGGGGCGUCAUGCUUCUCGUUUUUGCAGUCGUUAUUUGUUUCUGCAUUCAGCUGUCGCUCAUACAAGGCAGCAGCGCCGGCGAAGUCUUACUAGGUUACAUACCAAAUGACUCUGUUACUAAGUCUGGAGGUCUGUUCCAGGCUUGUGGUAUCUUAGGUGCUACGGUGAUGCCACACUCCCUAUACCUAGGCUCCGGCAUAGUGCAGAGCCGUCUUAUGGACUACGACAGUAAACGCGGUCUCCUGCCACCUAGGCCCACAUCUAGCAGCAACGACAGCAGCGACUCCAGCAUAACAGAAGCGAAAACAUACUACAUCCCCAGCCUUAAAGCGAUCCAGCACUCGCUAAAGUACUCCUACGCCGAAGUCGCCAUCUCGCUCUUCACCUUCGCGCUGUUCGUCAACAGCGCGAUCCUCAUCGUCGCCGGCGCCAGCCUCUUCAACAACCCGGACGCGCUCGAGGCCGACAUCUUCGGCAUCCACGACUUGCUCUCCCAAAGCCUGAGCCCGGCAGCCGGAACCAUCUUCGCGCUCGCGCUCCUGUUCUCGGGCGUAUCAGCCGGCGUCGUGUGCACAAUCUCCGGGCAGAUGAUCUGCGAGGGCGCGCUGCACUGGCGCAUGAAGCCGUGGCUGCGCCGCCUCGUCACCCGCUCCAUCUCCAUCACGCCCUCCAUCAUCAUCGCCGGCGCCGCCGGCCGCGAGAAGCUCAACGACGCGCUCAACGGCAGCCAGGUCGCGCUCAGCGUCGUGCUGCCGUUCGUUACCGCUCCUUUGAUCUGGUUCACGUGCUUUAAUAAGUACAUGACGGUGCAGUCGGGCAACGCGCGGUACAAGACCGAGGGCAAGGACCCGUUCACGAUGAACGGCGUCGCGCUGAAUAAUGAUGCGAGCGGCCGCGAGCUCGGGCCUUCGGCGGGUAAGCCUGUGCAGAUGGCUAACCCGUGGUAUAUUUCCGUGCUCGCGGGGCUUAUUUGGCUUAUUCUCGUCGUUAUGAAUGUGGCGAAUUUGGUGUUGCUUGGUCUUGGUAACGACUAG